CUGAAUGCGAUCUUGUCUGCCAGCUUUAGCAGCGGUUCUAUCUGGAUCCUCCGCGCACAACCUACAACAAUUACUGAUAAUUACUGAAUACCUUUUCUUCUUUUGGAAGACCGUUCUCACCAUGGGCGACAAGAAGAGCCCUACCAGGCCGAAAAGACAAGCUAAACCAAGUGCUGACGACGGAUAUUGGGACUGUAGCGUCUGCACCUUCAAGAACAGUGCAGAGGCUUUUAAAUGCAGCAUCUGCGAUGUGAGGAAGGGCACAUCGACAAGGAAACCCAGGAUCAACUCCCAGCUGGUGGCCCAGCAGGUGGCUCAGCAGUACGCCACGCCUCCCCCACCCAAGAAGGAGAGGAAGGAGAGGCCUGAGAGGGAGCACGACACAGACGGGGAGCUGGUGGAUGGGGAGGGGGAGCACCAUGAGGGAGAGCGUCCGGAGAGAGUGAGGCCAGAAGAAGACGAAGGAGAACCUCCCCUGGAUAAGAGCGGGAAGGAGACACUGGACAAUGACAAAGCGGAGAAGAAUGAGAAGGAAAAAGAGGAGGAGGAGGAGGAAGAGAGCAGCCCAACCAGGCCCAUCACCAAGAAUCUCAGCCUCAAGGAGAGCAGCCCAACCAGGCCCAUCACCAAGAAUCUCAGCCUCAAGGAGAUCAGCCCAACCAGGCCCAUCACCAAGAAUCUCAGCCUCAAGGAGGUCAGCCCAACCAGGCCCAUCACCAAGAAUCUCAGCCUCAAGGAGAUCAGCCCAACCAGGCCCAUCACCAAGAAUCUCAGCCUCAAGGAGAUCAGCCCAACCAGGCCCAUCACCAAGAAUCUCAGCCUCAAGGAGAUCAGCCCAACCAGGCCCGUCACCAAGAAACCCAGCCUCAAGGAGAUCAGCCCAACCAGGCCCGUCAUCAAGAAACACAGCCUCAAAGAGACCAGCCUAGCCAGGCCCAUCACCAAGAAACCCAGCCUAAAAGAGAUCAGCCUAGCCAGGCCCAUCACCAAGAAACCCAGCCUAAAAGAGAUCAGCCUAGCCAGGCCCAUCACCAAGAAACCCAGCCUAAAAGAGAUCAGCCUAGCCAGGCCCAUCACCAAGAAACCAAGCAUCAAAAAGAUCAGACCCAAGACAGACAUUCACCAGAGUCCACCUAGUGAUAAACACAGCAUACAAUCUGGGAAGUCUACAACCAAGACCAACAACUCUCACAUCUCCAGGCCCAAACUGAAGAACAUUGACCGGAGCACUGCCCAGCAGCUAGCCAUAACGGUGGGGAACGUGACGGUCAUCAUAACGGACUUUAAGGAGAAGACCCGCUCCUCCUCCACAUCCUCGUCCACCGUGACGUCCAGCGCAGGCUCUGAGCAGCAGCAUCAGAGCUCCGGCUCCGAGAGCAUGGACAAGAGCUCAACUCGCACCUCCACCCCCAAAGGAGAGCUCUCUGUGGGGCACGACGAGUCCUUCUGAGCCCUCCAGUCCAGGUGCUCUGCGAGGACUCUGUGGAUGGGAUCCCUUAGGGGGAGAUAUUUCACCUUCCUACUGCUGCCCCGCCCCCUGCAUCCACCUCCAUUCCAUCACCAUCCCUGGAUGCUGAGAGAGCUAUCUGAUUGGAGCAGUCUGAUUGGAGCCGCCCCGGUGUGCGCCUGAUGGUUCAUGUCUAAUCAUGGGCACACGUUGUGCAUGGCCCGUGCGGGGGAGAGGGGCUGACAGGAAUAAUGUAUUGUUUUAUAUUUGUAUGUGGACGUGCGGCUGAUUCAACAACAUUUUGGUUUUGUAUAAAGAAAUUAUCUGCACAAUAACCUCCACCAUUUUAACAACUCUGAAAUAUUAUUACCCUUAUUUAUUACUUGUUGCACCUGUAUACUUUUAGACUUAUUUUGUUGAGGCUUUGCUUUGUAGUUCUACCUAUCGCUCCCUUUGACACUAGUUUUGAUGGUUGUACUGAUAGGAUAGGACAAGGCUUGAGACACCCACACAAUGGUGCUAGAUAGAGACACACUGUGAAACAAUUUCCAACGUGGGACUGUCGUUCACACAAUACAACAAAGUGCAAAUAACCCAGAAAUUCUCUCGCUCUUUUUCUCUCGUCCUCUCUCUCUUUCUCACACUCUCACUCUCCUACAGUGAGAGUGUGGACCUCUGUGUGGUUUGGACCUCCGUGUAGGCUGGUCUUUCAGGUUGAUAUGUAGAGGUCAAUGUGGAGCAUAAAAAGGUCACCUGCUUGGUUUGAUUUCAAGGUCCUACAAUGUCAACUCAACACACACCCAAACCUUUGCUUCUAGCUUUCUUUGUCUAUGAUUUAGUCUGAUAUAGAAUUUAUCUUAUACAGUCAGUGUCUCCUGUCCUUAACUGUAUAGUGUAGGCUAUUGUGAAAAACACUAAAGUUGUUGAUGUUUUUUGCAUUCCGUCGCUUCAAUAUUGGUUAGCCAGUUGAGGGAUGGAGUGGUACCCUCCGCUUCGAGACAGGUUUAUUUCUGUAAUGACUGAAGGAAACGUAAAGUUCAGAUCCACCUGUUAAGACCAGAGUUUGAACUGUAAUAUAGUGAUUCCCUAUACUGUUUAUAAUAUCCAACUGAUGCUAAGGGACUUCAGGUUCUAAAAGUUCCUAGCUAAUGUUUUUUUCCUACUAAUCUUCUUUUCGAAUGCUGUUUACAAAGUUGUAAUUUUCCGGUUAAUUUAGUGCAAAUGCCUGGACAGAUUGAGAAUUGAUUUGAGUGACUUAUCAGAAUAAGAUAUAUUUAAGACUCCAAUAUGUAGGCUAAUUGAAGGCAGAAACAUUGCAAGUAGAUGAUAUAAUAGAAUAUUAUUGCAUUUUGUUUUGCAUUUUCAAACCAGUUAAAGCUUACCUAAAUAACCAAUUAAAUGGUUCUAAUUCUCCUUAGACAAAUAUAGACAAACAUAAUUUCCUCUUAACUGUAUUAAAUUGUAUAAAGAAUAAAUGUGUAUAUGAUAUCUUAGUUUUAUUUAUUGAAGGACCAAAGGAAUUUCAUAAUGACAUGAUACAUAGACAAAUGAAUAACAAUUUGAGAUGCAAUUAUAAAAUGUGUGAAAUGAAAUACAUUUUAAAUAAAGACUAAUAUAAUCAAUUUUAAUGGUGUAGUUCUUUUUCACUUUAUUAAUAACUCGCCUUUUUACAUAAAUCAGCAGAACAAACAUUUUCUGAGCUAUAUUGGACACGUAAACAUUUUCAAUCAGAAGUGUCUACUUGGAGAACACAAGCCAGUCUCUCCGCUCAGUGAACACUAGACUAGAGGCAAUGAGAACCAGUCAAUAAGCAGUGAGCUGUAUUGAACUCUGCAGUCUUUCCAGAAGCUCUGUGAUCUGAGCCUCUGCUCCGCUCCACUGUCCUCAGUAUAGUAUCUGCCCCUGCAGAGAACCAGUUGGCCUCAGCAGGCCAGUUUAAUCUCUCCCUACAGACCUCUAAAGCAGGUUGGGCAUGCCCUUCUAAUUUACUAUGACCAUGAAUCUACAGGGCAGGUGUUGUAGUGAAGGCUUUACUGUCUAUUUUCAGUUGUAGAGACUAUAAUCAUAUGUGUGUGGUGUGAAUAAGCAAUGUUUGUUGUCCAAUAAGCAUAUGUUGUAACUUCUGCUGACUCCUCCAUGAGUUUCGUUUUGCUGUUCAGCCAUAUGAUUAUGAUAUGUAAUAAUAUUUAAACUACAUUUUGUGCAACGAUAUGGAGUCUCUAGAGGAGUACAUUGAAUGAGGGAUAUGCAAAAUGCAAUGUGAACAGAAUUAAUGAUGAGUUGCUGAGAUAUAAAGAAAAGUAUGUUAUCAAUCAUUUUUACUGAGAAUAUUAACUCUUUGCUUUGUAAUGCAAUCUAGAAGAAAUUGGCCUAAAAAGCUAUCUUUUCACAUGCUUUACCCGCAACCAUAUUCACUUGACUGACUUCUAUGACAUUAUAUAAUUGAUUAAUUGUAUGUUAAAUUAUUGAAAAAUUGGCAUUUGCAAACUUUGCUUGUAUGUAUAAUUUAAAAUUGUGCAAGAGCCAACAUUAUGAGAAUAAUGUCCUUGGAGCUGAACAGUUUUUCUUUCUUCUUUGUUUCUUUACGCGCAAGCAGUUAUGUUCUUGUGUGCGACCAGUAACCUUAAUUUACUGUGUAAAGAUGGUUACAUUUUUUAGCUUUGUUUGUCAGAGACCCAAAUAUAGAAUGCUUGUUUACUGACCAUAUAACACAAAUCUUGUGAUUUUCCAAUUUAAAUGUAUUAUACAAGCUCUUUUAAUUUCCCUCUAUUACAAUGUAUGUACAAUGAUUUUGAAGUUAAUGCUCAGUAAAGGUAUGUAGGGUCAGUAUAUUAAUCCAUUUAUUUCCUUUGUUUCCUUUCUUACUACUAGCUGAUGUGUCAUUGGUCACCCUGUGAGAUGGUGCCAUUACUUCCCUAGUGUGGAAAUGUAUGGAGCGUAUUUCAAAGGAUCACCGCUUCUUGUCUACUAGCUUAUAAAAUGUUGAAUAAUACAUGUUUCCUGGCAUGUGCACGACUUUACGCUUAUAGGCUACCUUAUAAUUUCCUCUGCUUCAAAUAGAAAUGUCUAUUUAUGCAUUUUAAGUGUAGUUUUUCACAAAUAAAAUUAUUAAAGUUA